GCUGGAGGAGGAAGCUGCUGCUGCACCGGAAUCUGAAGAAUCCGAGGUUCCGCCAGGUCGCUGCUGCUGCCGAGACCCGCCUGUCUGCCGCCGCUCCCCGACACCACCUCGUCCCGGGCUCACCCUUGAUUGAGGAGAACAUGUCUCAGGCUGACAAAAUGAAGCAGGGGCAGUUCACCAACCCCGAGACCCCGGGUUAUGUUGGAUUCGCCAACCUUCCAAAUCAGGUUCAUCGCAAAUCAGUCAAGAAAGGUUUUGAGUUCACCCUUAUGGUUGUUGGUGAAUCUGGACUUGGAAAAUCCACCUUGAUCAACAGCCUCUUCCUCACUGACCUUUACCCCGAGAGAGUCAUUCCUGGAGCAGCAGAAAAGAUAGAAAGGACGGUUCAGAUCGAGGCAUCAACGGUUGAAAUUGAGGAAAGAGGAGUGAAACUUCGCCUCACGGUUGUAGAUACACCAGGAUAUGGAGAUGCCAUCAACAGCCAAGACUGUUUCAGCACCAUCAUCAGUUACAUUGAUGACCAGUUUGAGCGCUACCUCCACGAUGAAAGUGGUCUCAACCGGAGACACAUCGUUGACAACAGAGUUCACUGCUGCUUCUAUUUCAUCUCCCCUCUUGGCCAUGGCUUGAAACCUCUGGAUGUCCAGUUCAUGAAGGCUAUUCACAACAAGGUCAAUGUGGUUCCUGUCAUUGCCAAGGCAGACACCCUCACCCUCAAGGAGAGGGAGAGGCUCAAGCGCAGGAUCCUUGAUGAGAUUGAUGAACAUGGUAUCAAAAUCUAUCAUCUUCCUGAUGCUGAGUCGGAUGAAGAUGAAGACUUCAAAGAGCAGACCAGGAUUCUCAAGGCCAGCAUCCCCUUUGCCGUGGUAGGAUCCAACCAGCAGAUUGAGGCCAAGGGAAAGAAGGUCAGGGGUCGCCUGUACCCCUGGGGAGUGGUAGAGGUGGAGAACCCAGAACACAAUGACUUCCUCAAGCUGCGGACCAUGCUGAUAACCCACAUGCAGGACCUGCAAGAAGUAACCCAGGACCUGCACUAUGAGAACUUCCGCUCAGAACGCCUUAAACGCGGUGGCAGGUUGUCCUCCCAUGGUUACAUUCUGCCUCUGUCACCUGCCAGGAAGGGGCCAGAGCCUGAGGAAAUGGACAAGGACAUGAUCCUGCUGGAGAAGGAGGCUGAGUUGAGACGAAUGCAAGAGAUGAUUGCCAAGAUGCAGGCCCAGAUGCUGAAGCGAGAUGACGACGAUGUGUGAAGUCGACGGUAAUUGAGCCGCUGAUCGAGUCUGACCGGAGUGAUGGAAAGGGUGUAAAAGCUUGACCCUUACCACUUGCCACUAUUUCAGUUCCACAUGGGAUAUGAAGUAAUUUUUAUACCUAGAGUUAAGUAUAUUCAAUCAGUGUUAUGUUUAUAUAUUAACAUAUUACGGUUACUUUUUUUUUCUUUUCUUCUUUUUUUUUAUGAAUUCUUGAAAAAACACUUUUCUAGAAUUUCAAAUGAAGUCAUUUCACCCAUAUGUUUAAAUAGUAGCAAACGUUUUAUUGGGAUGUUCUGUUUAACUCCUGUCCUUAAAAGUACUUGGGAGAGCCAAUAAUAUCAGAAAUAGUAGCACCAAUAGCUUUUUUUUUUUUUUUUUACGCCAUUGUUACACAACUUUGCUUUUUUUAUUUUGUUAAUUAUGAGUUGACCACACAUCCUUGGCGUUAAAUUCAGUCUAACCUGCUCAGUAUCAGUGCUACCCAGCUGAAAUGCAUGCAAUCCUCCACCCCGUUUGGUAAAAAUCAUUGUUUCAUUGCUAGCAUUGUUGGGGUCAGAUUUACCUUUCCUAUCUCAUCCACGGGUGCUGUUCUCAGUGGAGCACCGUAAAACAGCCUUCUGCUGUGGUUAAGCUCAAAAGGAAACUGAGCUUUAGUCUGUUACAGUCUUCCUGUGCGCCUGACAAAUGAAGGACAGACGAGCGAGGCGUGAUGCCCAUUUGGUGCUUUCAAUUAACUCGAUGCAAUUAUGCCACGUAUCCUCCUCAUGUAAAGUGAAGUUAUGUGAAUGAAGCAGUGAUUAUGUUUUAAGCUUGACUGAUGCCAUGAAAUUGAAUGGCUUUAACGCUCAUAAAUGUCCCAACUGAUGAGUGCUUCAUGGUUUCCAUGGUGACGGGGCACCAGCCAAGAUGAAAGUUCCUGACAUUCCUUUGUGCUGUUUUUACCCAACAUUUAAUUACCAAAUAGUUUUUAAUGCACAUAUUGUAAUACAAAAAUUUUAUUAAACUUCAGCUAUCUCAUCUGUGA